AUGGGCGAAACGUUAGUGGGAUUUCUAUCUCAUUUGAGAAACUCUUACUUGAAAGACUUCUCGAGGAAUUCCCGACUACGGAUAGUUUGUGGAAACGAAUCUGCAGAUUUGGAUUCGGUGGUGUCUGCAAUCACAUAUGCUUAUUUUAGUUACAUAAAUGACCCCAGCAAACCAAUUGUACCGAUCCUCAAUAUCCUGAAAGCGGAUUUGGAGCUUCGCAGAGAUAUUGUUUGGGUUCUAAAGCAGCGCAACAUCCCGCACAGCUUGCUGUUUUUCCAGGAAGACCUCCAAGACUUACGAAAGCGGUUCAACUGUCCCAUAGAUGCGGUGCUUGUGGAUCAUAAUGAUACUCAAUCGGUGGCAAAAACGCUGGUAGACUCAGUCGUUGGUAUCAUCGACCAUCACGAGGAUCUCGGGCUUCACAAAGACAUCCUAGACCGAAAAUGUGGACCCCGAGUUGUCACCGUGGCCGGGAGUUGCUCCUCCUUGGUAUUCAACUACUGGCAUAACAUACUAGGCUCCCACAGAAGAAAAGCGGAAAUUGAUGCUUUGUAUUUGUGCUUGGGUGCCCUUCUUAUCGAUACCACCAAUAUGAGCUAUAAAGUCGAGCGUCCGGAUUUGCAGGCGCACGCAACAUACAAGGUUUCGCUUCACGGUUUUGAUUUCGAUGGUUACUUUGAUCAAGUCCGUCAAGCGAAGGACGAUAUUGAGGGGCUUCCAUUGAGAGACAUAUUACGGAAGGAUUACAAAGAGUUCGAAUUUCCCAAAGCUCGGGAAGGCAACGUAAAAUGUGGCAUGGCUUCUGUCGUGAGACCUCUGGAAUGGAUUCAACAGCAGUUCGGGGAUCAAGAGCUCAUAAAUGCGUGUGGGCAAUUUCUUCAAGAAAGGUCUCAAGAUAUUCUGCUAAUUUUGACAAGUUGGACGACGGAAGAAGGCAAGUUUUCGCGGCAGCUUGCAUUUUGUACAGGAGCGCAGCAAAAUAUCGAAAUAUCGCAACAAAUUGCUGAAAAGGUUCACAAUUUCUUGGACUUGAAGCCAAUUGACAUCAUGGAUUCUCCUGUCAAGAGCUUCGUUUUCUUUGCUCAGUUGAAUACAAAUGCAAGCCGCAAACAGGUUGCUCCAUGCUUGCAAGACGCCUGCAGGGAGUUGUAA